GUCCCCAAUGUUGUGAAUUGCUAAUAAGCUUCCACGCGCACUCUGAGAGUCACUUGGACUCGAGCAUCCCUGCACUGACACUUUUCUCAGGAAUAUCUUUGAGGCACCGUGAGAGCCCUUCAUGUCCUCACACUGUCGGACAUUUUAAAAAGCCACCAUGGACCUCCACAAAAUCAUCCACGGUGUGUUGCACGACUUCUUACAGACUUACAUCCCCGAUGCAGAUCUCAGCACGCUGGAUGACGUCCUCCUGUCUUAUAUCACUGGAGUUCUGGAAGAUCUUGGCUCCCAGCAGAGUGUGGAAGAGAACUUUGACGUGGAGGUGUUCGCCGAGAUGCUGGAGGCGUACGUACCGGGAUUUGUCGAAAUCGACAGCGUCAAAGUGUGUGAAAUGAUGUUUCGCCUGGCGUCGGCACUAGCUGCAGCUCGCACGUCAGUGACCGGAGAAAACAGCGUGCCAAAGCCGGAAGACCGCUCAUUUGAAAACACCCCCCGCCUACCGAGUGAACCCCCACCUGGCAGGGAAAUGCAGUGCCUUCAAACACAAACAGAGGGCGCCACUGCCAAGCUACCAGUGUCAGAGUUGGAAACCCAGGAGCAGCACCUUCUGGAGAUGUUCCCCAAGUGCAGUCUGUCCGAGGCCCGCAGCGCUCUGUCUAUUGCCAAAGGCGACAUGGACGAAGCCGUACGCCUUAUCAUCGAGGGCGACGUCCAACUCAGCCCCACACCGCUCAACGUCAAUCAAGGGAAGAAUAUCUCCUCAGUGGCCGAUCAGAAACUGAAAGAAAGCAUCCUUGAGAAGUACAUGCUCGUCGACAACGAAGAGGACAAAAAAACACAUCGACCUGUCGCCCCUAAAGAGGCUCCCAAAAAGUUGGUCCGCUACCACGGCAACCAGGUGGUGAGCACCAAAGGAGAACGCUACCAGGUGGUGAAGAAGAGCGAGACGGAUGACAUGAAGAAGACGUACGUCAACCUCAAGCCGGCUCGCAAAUACCGAUUUCACUGACAGCACGGCGGGUAUAACUACACACAUUAUGUUGACUCACAGUAUUUUGUGUUUUAUUUAUACAAUUGCUUUGGUGUGAAUUGGAAUUUUUUUUCUCAAACGUAGUGAGCUUAUUUUCAAUGAUGUUGCCAUGGUGUGUACAUGUGUUUUUCUGUUACAUUUGCUUUUGGAAUUUUCAUGUUUUUAAUUGCACAUUUUGUACCCCUUCACUGUUUUAUUAUUAUUGUCAUUAACUUUUUGGGUGUUAAAAAGUGGCCCAGCGCCUAUUUGCGAUUCGCAGCUCAUGAAUUCACCAUUGCGCCAAAGCCCUUUCUAAUGGAAAAGUAGUGCUUUGGCACCAUCUUGUGGCAUGUAUAGGAAAUUUAAGGUCAUUCGCGCGGAUUACUGUAUAACAAUUUACGUCAAGUUCUAGUGGUGCUUUAUAUAGUUUCUUCUCUUCUUAUUUCAACUGCUUGCACAUAUGAGCGCACUAACUUUUAUUGAAGUUUUUUGUUCGUUUUUGCCGUGCCGCCAAAUCAAGAGACUGAUGAUUUCUGAUCGUUUGCACUGUGGUUUCCCUCCAGGUGAAUAACGCAACUUACUGUACAUAUAUUAUUUUACAGAAUAUCAAACGAGUGUUUCUGAGCAAUCUGUGUUUUAGAUUUGCGGGUAUAUUUAUUAUUAGAUGCCGUCUUUUCAGUUAUUGCCACAAUACUCGCAUAAAAGAGUUGCGGCGCAAGAGUAUAAGGUAAACGCGUCGUUGAAGAGAAAUGUUGAUGCGUGAUGAAAAAUUUGCAAGUGAAAUUGUGGUUUUAUCCCAAAAAAAAAAAAAAAAAGUUGGAUCAAAAUAAAGGGACAUUUUGGAAAUGCAUGUUUUUAUCGGACAAUAAGCUUGAUCAUAACAUUUGAUGACAUCUGUAACAUAAUCAUAUAGUGGUGCCUUGAGAAACAAUUCAAUUGAAGCUAAAAACAGUCUUAUCUCAAAUCAUCUUUCCCUGUUGAAAUGAAUAGAAAUGCCAUUCAUCUGUUGCAGCCACCCAAAAAAAACAACUAAAAAUGUUGUUUUUGAGGGGGAAAAUAGCACUUUAUAUUAUUAUAUUUGGUAAAAACCUGUAGUAAUGAGAUAAUAAAAUACAAUGUAAAGAACUAAGUAAUUUUUGUCACACUUUUUUUCCCCCCAGCAGACUUCAACUGGGAGUGCCAAAAACCGCUUGAAGCCAAUUUUUGAAGAUUUAUUAACUAAUUCUAGCUUAACUCAAAGAAAGAGAAAAAAAAAAAGUAAUCCAAACGACAGCUGAUAUGUGGAAAAACCCGUAAGUGGGGUCACUCACAUCUCAGUGCACCACUAUAUUUAUCUCAUCGCUGAGUGGCUGUGUGCUCAUUGUGAAAACCUUCGGGGGUGUAACUUGAAGUGAGCCUCUAUCAUGGCACCUUUAAAUUGGUAUUUUGUGAAUUUUAAUUUCGCUUUUUUUUUUUUUUUUUUUUUCUUCCACCAUUUGGAGUGAGCUGUAAGCUACAUUGUUCCACACUGAUCAACCGUGUUUCUACUGGAUACUCUUUAAUUCAUAAUUGAGUUAUUAAACAGCAGCAGUGUAUGUGACUGAUAGCGAUGAUCGGUAUUACUGUAACGCGUGCAGUGGCUGUCGACUGAACUUGUAACCCUCUUGCUUUGAUGAAAACGCACAAUUUAUAGUAAAGACUAAUUUUGUAGACAAUCGUGUUUCUCUCGUUUCUUUUAUGCCAUGUUAAGAAAAACAAAACAAGUACCAUAUCUCACAAAUUUUGUGAAAGGACUUUUCUCUGCAUUUUGUGUGAUGAACUUGGAGAUGCAUGAUUUAUGUUGGGAUUGAUAACCGCGUCUUUAUGCCGUAACACGUUCAUCUACUGUGAUAGGGUUCUCAUAUAGUUGAGAUUUCAAAAAUUCCAGACUUCUCAGUACAAAAUACAGAUAAGUUGUGACAUUUGAAUGAAUAGAUGUUUAUCAUUCCGAUUCUUUAUAUGCCGUUAUGUGGCCAAAUAAUGAACCGAUACGUAGCCAAGGACGCUGGCCUCUGCCAAGUCCAUAAAUCCCUGAUAAUUGUGCACCUCCAGGGGCAUUAAACCGCUUAUACCGCCGUCCCUUACUCACUCAGUACUCCAACAAAUAGAAUUUCUCCUUUAAAAAUGUUAAAUAACAACCACAGUUGUGACGAAAAAAUCAUUUUUGACACUACUUUGAAACGGUAACCCUGUUUGAAACCUUAGUUUGCUACGCUAACCCUGUUUUUAAACCCUAAUUUAAACCAUAACCCUGUUUUGAAACCCUAAACACUCUUUAAACCCUCAUUUGAAACCCUAAUGCUGUUUUAAAAUGCUACUUUGAAACCCUAACCCUGUUUUGAAACAAUUUGAAACCCUAGCCCUGUUUUGAAACCCUACUUUGAAACCCUCUGUUUUGAAACCCAAACAUUGUUUUGAAACACUAACCCUGUCUUAAUACCCUACUUUGAAACCCUAACCAUGUUUUGAAACCCUAAUUUGAAACCCCAACCCUGUUUUGAAACCCUUACCCCAUUUUGAAACAAUAAUCUGAAACCCAAGCCGUUUUGAAACCCUAACCCCAUUUUGAACCCCGUAUGAACAGGAAAGUGUAAACAAGCAAAAAAAUGAGAACAGUUCAUUUGUAUGUUGAGCUUUGGUGAAGCAUUCGUAGUCAUUUACGCUAACUGCGGGUUCUACAGUACGGUGUAACAACCACCGAGACAAAAAGUACGCCAGCAUUGUCUUGCAAAUUGUCUCUUUAUUAAAAACAAAUCUUGCACGUGUUGCUUUUUGUAGUGCUGUCGUUAUGUCACUUUCAAUUAAGGUUGCAAAAUCCCGGGAUUUUUUUUUUUUUAAACUGGAAACUUUCCGCGUGAUUUAACAGGAAUAAACCAGGAAUUUACGAAAUAGAUAUUUUUUCAUUACUUUCCAUGAAUUCCCUUUGGAAGUUUCCAAUUUAGAAUACAGUGGUGCCUUGAGAUACAAGAUUAAUUCAUUCAUUGACCAUGCUUGAAUUUCAAAACACUGUCGAAUGAGGCUGUAACAGAUUAAUGGCAUUUCCAUUCAUUUCAACAGGGAAAGAUGAUUUGCAAUCUUGCCAAAAUCCCUACCCCCCUCACCGCCCAUGGUAAUUUCCCGGAAAUGUUCCACCCUUUUGGCAACCCAUACUUUUGAUAGUUAUGUGCUUUUAAGAGCAAAACCAGAUCGGCUUCUACUGGUUUCUGUGGUGUUUGGAACAUAUACAAUCUUCAGUGUAUGGCUCUGCAGAAGUAGUAGGACACACAGUGGUUUAAAAUGGAAAAAAAAAAAAGGACGACACGCAGUCCAAUCCUAUAGCAGGUCAUGCAACCCAGUUGAAUAUUUGUAUUAUAGCAGUGUACAUCACACAAACCACCAUGAAGCUUAACAAACAGCUUUCCACCAGAUCACGGGUACAGUAUAAACCUUAAAUAUGAGCCUUACUAUAAAUUAGUUCCACAGGAAUACGUAACCUACAAUAUUAUAUCUGUUUUUGUGUGUGUGUGUGUGUGUGUGUGUCCUUGCUAGUCCUAAUCCAAUAGUCCUUGAAGUAUGACUCAAAAAUGAUUAAGAACAUAAGAAAGUUAU